UCUCUGCUCUCCUCUCUUCAGGUCCGACUCGUGCAGUGGUACCCCGGACACAUCGCCAAAGCCGAGCGCGCGCUCCGCGAACAACUCCGCGGCGUCGACGCGGUCGUGGAAGUCCGCGACCUGCGCAUCCCGCUCGCGACGACGCACCCGGAGAUCCCAAACUGGAUCGGCGGCAAGCUCCGCGUCCUCGUCCUGAACCGCGCGGACAUGGUCUCGGACGGCGAGCGACAGCGGUGGGUCGCGUGGUUCAAGAAAAACGGCGAGAAACACGUCGUGCUCACGGAUGCCAAGUCUGGAAAGGGCGUCAACAGGGUCAAAGAGGUCGCGCUGCUCGUGAGCGAGGAGGUGAACGCGAAGCGCGCGGCGAAAGGGUUGAUGCCGCGGCCGGUGCGGACGGCGAUCAUAGGGUAUCCGAACGUCGGGAAGAGCGCUCUGAUCAACCGUCUGACCAACUCCAAGGCGUGCGCGUCGGCGCCGCGGCCGGGCGUGACGCGGAAUCUUCGGUGGGUGCGCGUCGGCGGCGACUUGGACUUGCUCGACUCCCCCGGGGUGUUGCCGCCGCGGCUCGCGGACCAGGCGGCCGCGACGAGGCUCGCGAUGGCGAACGACAUCGGCGAGGCGAGUUACCUCUCGUCGAACGUCGCCGCGCAGCUCUUCGACGAGAUGAAGACGUUGCCGCAGUGGACGACGCGGAAGCGGUUCAAGCUGGACGCGAUCCCGGACGCGAUGACGGGCGAGGAUUUCGUCAUCGCCGUCGCGGAGAAGAUGAGCUCGGACGAUCUCGAACGCGCCGGGACGCGCAUACUGAUCGACUUUCGAUCCGGCGCGCUCGGCGCGUUUUGUUUAGAACCCGCGCCGAGGAAGGGCGACGACUACGCGGACGCGAGCGAGAUGGGGAAACCGAAGAGGGUCGUGAUGGACGCGCCGACGGAGGUGAAGCUCGGGCACGGGUACUACGACGCGAGGGACGAGGUCGAGCUCAGGGAGCUCGGGGCGGACGUCGAUCGGAAUUAA